UGAGCUGACACCCACAUAAAUAUAACUAUAUAAGGUUGCGUUGGGAGAAAUCAGCAUUUCACAAAAACUAGAAUGGCAGCGGCUGUAGCUUCAUCGCCCCCCAUUUUCCUCGUAGUGGACAGCAGAGUGAAACAAACUAAGGCCAUUGUUUCUGAGCCGUGCGGCCAAUUCAAGAAUCUUGGCUGGGUUUCAGGUGUGUUGCCUCCCUGUGGAUCUGUGUUGCCUAAGCCUUCCAAGUUCCUCAAGAGAGUUCUAGGCAGACGUCGUAAUGCUCCAGUUACUGCUGAGGCGGGGACUUCAAGUAAUGGCAUUGCACCAGCAAGACGUUGUAUUGUUCUGGACAUUGAAGGAACGACUACUCCCAUAUCGUUUGUUACGGAUGUUCUCUUCCCAUAUGCUCGUGACAAUGUGGGGAAGCAUCUGGAGCUGACAUAUGAUACUGCAGAAACUCAAGACGACAUUGAAUUACUACGAGCUCAAGUGGUAGAAGAUGUUGUAAAGAAUGUUGUUGGGGCAGUUCCUAUCCCCACACAUGGAGACAGAGAGGAGGUAAUUGCAAGUGUCGUUGCGAACGUGCAGGCUAUGAUAAAAGCCGAUAGGAAAAUUACAUCCUUGAAGCAAUUGCAGGGGCAUAUAUGGCGGACAGGGUUUUGGAGUAACGAGAUCGAGGCAGUUGUGUACGAUGAUGUACCCGAAGCUCUAGAAAAGUGGCAUGCUAUGGGACUUAAGGUAUAUGUAUAUUCGAGUGGUAGCAGAUUGGCGCAGAGGCUAAUUUUUGGCAAUACAAACUACGGUGAUCUCAGAAAAUACUUAUGUGGUUUUUUUGAUACUACCAUUGGGAACAAAAAAGAAAAGAAAAGCUACCAAGAAAUCUGGGAGUCUCUUGGAGUAGAUGAUCCAUCACAAAUUUUAUUUGUCACUGAUGUAUAUCAAGAAGCUAUAGCUGCAAAAGCAGCAGGUUUGGAGGUGAUCAUAUCUAUCAGACCAGGAAAUGGACCGCUACCAGAAAAUCAUGGUUUUCAGACCACUAACUCCUUGUCUGAAAUUUAAUUCAGAAUCUAGACCCCUAGUCAAUACUGACACAUGUAACAUAAUCAAAUAGGAGGGUUUAUAAAGGUGAGCAAAUCAUUAGUAGGUUUCACAGUAUAUUCUUUUGCUGUUUCUUUUUUUUUAAUAUAAUACUCUCAUCAUCUCACUCGUCUCA